UAUGGAGAAACCCCAAUUUGCCAGUAGAAAACCGCAGACUUGAGCAUAGAGAGGAGCGAGCACUGAGCAAAAACACGCACAAGCGGAGAGUCAGAGCGAGAAACGCGUAGAUUCGAAGCCCAUUCUAAGAGAAUGGUGAACUAUUUGUUGAUGAUCACCGCGGAGCUGGAGAAUCUCACCGACCUUCAGCCGCAAGGCGGUUGUGAUGAUCCUAACUUUUCCUACUAUUUCAAACUGAAAUGUGGGAACUGUGGGGAGGUGACACAGAAAGAGACUUGUGUCACCUUGAAUGAGACAGUUCCUUCUGCGAAAGGAAAAGGCGAGACUCAUCUUUCUCAGAAGUGUAAGUUUUGUUCAAGGGAAGGAACUGUAUCGAUGAUCACAGGCCGGGGCCGUCCUCUUACUCACGAACAGGCGGAAGCUGGAAAAUAUGCCCCUCUAAUGUCAUUUGACUGCAGAGGUUUUGAGCCUGUUGGUUUUUCAUUUGGCAGCAGUUGGAAAGCUGAAUCUCUUGCCGGGACGAAGUAUAAUGACAUUGACUUGUCUGGAGGGGAAUUUGCUGAAUAUGACGAGAAGGGGGAGUGCCCUGUCAUGAUCUCCAACCUCCGUGCCAAAUUCGAUGUGGUGAAGUAGGUCAAAAGAUCCUCUGCCUGAAUGUUCUAUACUACGUAAUCAAGUGGGAUUAUAGACUAACUUCUUUGUUCCUACAAUCCUCGAUGCAUGUUGAUAGAGCGCAGCUCUUGAUAUUUAUAAUAAACAUAAAAGCUGCAACAUGUUGAUCAUCAUCGUUUAAUUUAUCUCCACUCCUGUCUGCUGAAAUUGGUGAAUGUUGAUGGGAAAUCGACUUACGCGAAUGAAUGCCAGUAAUCAACUACUGUCAGGAUCACGUGGAUUCUACUUAGAAAAUGCAAGUAUAGAUGUUUGGUAUUAUCUAGAUCCGUAGUGAUUUGGUGUAAAUAUUGAAGGUGUGUAA